AUGGCCCACUCAUUUGCAAGGGUGCUACUAUGCGUUAUAGCUUUUAUUAAUUGUUAUAUUACCUGCGGCAUAUGUGCGCGAGUCAAAGAAUUCGUCGUAGAAAAAACAGCAACGUGCAGCACAUCUAAUGAUAAACAAUUUGUUAUUCAAGUUCCAAAACCUUUGAGGUAUAAUACAGACAGUAAUAUGGUCGAGUUCCUUGGUAACUUCACCGUGACGGAGACGAUUCAGGAGCCAUUGGAAUUGAUGAUAAUACCAAAUCGAUGCACAAUGGAUAUGACAUCAUGUGAAUUAUUCAACAAAUUGACAAUAUCAAAUCUUUGCCGAUACAUCAACGACGAAAGAGUAUUCCUGAGAUCGUUUCUAAGAAGUAUAGAACCGAAUAUACGCUGUCCAAUUAGACCAGGAUUUUAUCAGUUCAGAAACUCUAGCAUCGAUUUUAGAUUCUUUGCCAACUUUCCUCUGGAGGGCUAUCGUUGGCAAACUAGCAUGAAGCUGUACUCUAAUAGCAAACCGAAGAGGGAGUUAUACUGUCUUUCGUCUCAAACCUCAAUGCGCUGGGUUAAGAAAUUGUAAGCAAAUGAAGUGGGAGUUUUGUAAGUCGCUUUGGUUUCAAGCGAAGCAUUUGGAUAUAGUUCUGGAGCUCA